GCCAGGGAGCCGGGCGCCGGCCGAGCGGCGCGGGCCAAUCAGCGGCGGCGGCUCGCGGCCCCCGAACGUUGGGACACCCGGCCCCGCCCCGCACUGUUGUUUGUGGUGUCGGCCGGCCGCGCGAGCCGGACCACAACACUCGCCCGGCGGGCGGCGGGGCGGGCGAGGGUCCGGAGGCCGCGGGCGGCGGCGAGCGCGAGCCGAGGGCGGCCGGCCUCCCGCGGCCGCCGAUCCCGGGAGGGGGCGCCGGCCGGAGCCAUGUCGGUGAACAUGGAUGAGUUGCGGCACCAGGUCAUGAUCAACCAGUUCGUGCUGGCCGCAGGCUGCGCGGCCGACCAGGCGAAGCAGCUGCUGCAGGCGGCCCACUGGCAGUUCGAGACCGCCCUGAGCACGUUUUUCCAAGAAACCAACAUUCCCAACAGCCACCACCACCACCAGAUGCAGAUGUGCACCCCGAGCAACACACCUGCCACGCCGCCCAACUUUCCCGACGCGCUGGCCAUGUUCUCCAAGCUUCGCGCCUCCGAGGGCCUGCAGAACAACAACGGCCCCAUGACCGCGGUGGCCUGCUCCCCCCCAGCAAGCUUCAGCCCCUUCUGGGCCUCGUCCCCGCCCAGCCACCAGGCCGCCUGGAUCCCACCCUCCUCCCCCACGGCCCACAGCUUCCACCAUCUCCACCACCCGCAGCCCACGUGGCCGCCCGGAGCACAGCAGGGGGGCACCCAGCAGAAAGCCGUGGCUGCGAUGGAUGGCCAGAGAUGAGACUGGAUGCCGCCGGGCGCUGGGCUGGAGCUGGGGGCAGUCCAGGGUCGUGGGGACACAGGAGGGCCGGG